AUGAGCGAACAGCAGGCAGAGACUCGCCCAGCGAGCCAGGAGACGAACUCCCAGACCCUGGAGACGCCCGGCGGCGAGGAUCCGCCCUACCAGGGGCCGCUGGACUGCAGGCCAGACUGCCGCAACCCCGAGUGCGAGGCCAGGCAUCUUGACGUUGUCGAGCGACAGCGUUGGAACCCAGAGGCGGGUUUCAGGUACCCUCGCGAGCCAAAGUUAGUCGUCACCGCCAGCCGUGACAUGGGCCGCACGGCAUCCACAUGGGUGUUCAACGCGGUCCGGCUCCUGUUCCGGCAGGCGCACGAGGCUUGCGAUUCGUAUUGGAUCAGGGCACUGUCGCCGCAGAGGCUGCGGCAACGGAUGGCCACUGGAGCCCACGUGCUGGUGAAGACGCACGAGUGGACAGACAAUAUCACUGAAGAGCAGUUCCGAGCCGUGGCCCCACUGUUCACCCAUGUGGUGGUGAGCAUCCGAGACGGUUUCCCACCAGACCCCGACUGGAUGAAGGUUGCGACGCACGUCACGCGCUUCGAGGACAUCGUGGCGCACGACGGGGGCGGGCGGAGCAUCGGUGCGCUGACGGUGCUCCGCAGCCUCGCGGACCACCUGGGGCUCGAGGGGCUCUCGGACGCCGACCUGCGGGCCGUGGACUCCGAGCUCAUGCACCUGCCCAUCCCCGGCGACCAGACGACGAAGUUCUGGUCCUUCCAUGCGCGCCGGGGGGGGCGCCCGCAGUCCACGGCCGCCGUGGCGCCCCAGUGA